CAAAACCCGGAUCCUGCUUGGCCCUCGCCCUUCUGCCUCUGCAUCCUCGUCAGAAGCAUCCAGGCGCCCCGGGCCUCCCACAGCAGCAGCAUCGCCACGACAGGCACCGUCAUAUUUCCCUCCCUCGACCAUAUCCAUCCUCUGUUCAAGCCAUGCUGGACUCUGUCGCGAUUUUCACAGCCGGCGGGAUCGUCCUGUGGUCCAGGCAAUACUGCAACUUCAAGGGCGGCAUCGAUCCCAUCGGUGCGCUAGUCAAGGAAGUCUUGGUUGAAGAGCGCGGCCAUACGUCAUCUUUCAUCAAGGAUUCCUACGAACUGAAAUGGCUUUUGCGUAACGACCUGAACCUCAUUUUUGUGGUCGUGUACCAAAAGAUUCUCCAUCUCUCCUACAUCGACGACCUCCUGGACAAGACAGCACAGGUGUUUUGCGAGCGAUACCUGAACGAGAUCAAGGACGCAUCAGCCAUCCAUGAAUAUCCCUUCGAAGACGAGUUUGAGACCAUCCUGGGCCAUGUGGAGGCGCAGGAAUCUGAGCGCAAGAAAAGCCGAGGCCCUCGCAAGUUCGAAAAGGCCGAUGCCUCCAAGUCCUCCCGGACGAAGGGCAAGUCAGACGAAGUCACUGACCCGGACGGAGAGAAAGAUGGCGAAUCGGCCAAGGAUGACGAUGCGCUCGCGCAGAAGCUGGCGCAGCUGCAGGGCGCUCGUGGCAUUGGCAAGCGACAAGUUGGAAGCCCAAAGGUCGGCGGAGGCAAGAAGCCUGGAAAGUCUACUCCUGAGCCAAAGCCAGCAGCAGGAAAGUCCACGAAGGAGAACCGAGUCUGGAACGACGGAAAGGGGCCUGUCAAAUACGACGACUCGCUUGAUUACAGCGAUGCAAAGGGUGCUGAGGAUGCUUCCUCGCUGGCUGCGUCACUGGUGGAUCAAAACUCAAUGGGCACAACCGACGAGAACGGCAUGUACAAUGUACCAGAGAUGGAGGCCGGGGCUCAGCCUGAGGACGAAGACAUUCUCGAGGCCAACGGCUACGUGACCGUUGAGGUGCCCGCAGCCGCCAAGCCAGCCGCCAAGAGUGGGCUGUUCUCGUUCUUCAAGUCUCUCACGGGCGGCAAGGUUCUGAGCGCGACCGAUCUGGACCCGAUCAUGGCCAAGAUGAAGGACCAUCUCGUUUCGAAGAACGUUGCGGCCGACAUUGCGCAGGUGCUCUGCGACAGCGUGUCCAAGGGCAUGGUCGGCAAGAAAGUCGGAACCUUCACGACGAUCUCGUCGCUUGUGCGCGAGAACAUGGAAAUUGCGCUGAAGCGCAUCCUGACGCCGCGGACAUCGACCGAUGUUCUGCGCGACGUCUUUGCGGCCAAGAGCGAGGGUCGCCCGUACUCGUUCGUCUUUAUCGGCGUCAACGGUGUCGGCAAAAGCACCAACCUCAGUAAGGUCUGCUUCUGGCUGCUGCAGAACAAGCUCAAGGUGCUCAUUGCCGCCUGCGACACAUUCCGAUCAGGCGCCGUUGAGCAGCUGCGGGUCCAUGCCCGCAAUCUGCAGGCGCUGGAGCAGAAUGGGACAGUGCAGCUCUUUGAGCGCGGCUAUGGCAAGGACUCGGCUACGAUUGCAAAGGAUGCCAUUGGCUACGCUAAAACCAAUGGAUUCGACGUCGUUUUGAUCGACACGGCCGGACGCAUGCAAGACAACGAGCCUCUGAUGCGAGCCCUCGCCAAGCUGGUGAGCGUCAACAGCCCAGACAAGAUCCUGUUUGUGGGCGAAGCCCUCGUCGGCAACGAGGCCGUCGACCAGCUAUCCAAGUUCAACCAGGCCCUCAAGGACUUUUCUGGGCAGCAGCACGCCCGACAGAUCGACGGUAUCAUCCUGACCAAGUUUGACACGAUCGACGACAAGGUCGGAGCCGCCCUGAGUAUGACGUACGUCACGGGCCAGCCGAUCCUGUUUGUGGGCACGGGCCAGACGUAUACGGACUUGCGAAAGAUGAACGUCAAGAGCAUCGUGAACUCGCUCCUUGCCAACUGAGCCCGACAACAGCGUCGCCAGCAACAGCCAGCCCACCGAGUCGAGAGGCAAGCGCACGCUGAGCGAGUUCUGCCUGUACGGAGUCUGUUGUCCCCGGCUCGCUCAAGAAAUAUACAUUUGAAAAGCAGGAGCGAUCUCCUCCCUCAA